UGCUGCCAGUAGUUUUUAACUACGCCGGAGCCAGCCUGUAGUCUAUACUGUGAUCAGCCUUAUCGGACGGUUAGUGGAGUCGUAAUGGCUUCCGAUGACGACGAUGUCAGUGUGGGUCUCAUUGAAGUCUACAGGCAUAGGUUGCAAGAGCUUAUUGUUGUGGAUCGGGUUCUGGAUUAUUUAGAGUUUAUCGAAUACGACCAAAAGGAGCAGAUCAGACAAAAAGCGAAGACCGAUGGUGACAUAGCGGCUACGAAUCUCCUUAUUUCCGCAGUCAUAAAGAAGCCACACACCCUUGGAUGGUUCACGGCAUUUGUUGAUGCUUUGAAACAUUCAGGUUGUCAUUCUGCUGCGGAAUAUAUGCAGGUCAAUCCCCCCAGACCUGAAGUGGAGGCAGAGAAUGAUACCUGUGUCAAGCUUAUUCACUUGCUCUCUCCCAGUCUUGUGGAAAUGCCGACUGAAGAGGUGCGCCUCCACUGUUUCUCUAAAGGCCUAAUCUCCCAGGAGGACUCAGAGCUUAUUGAAACUACAACAACAAACAAAGGACCCAUAAGUGGAGCCCGUGAACUUCUGAAAUGUAUCGUGAGAGCUCCACCAGGAUGGUUUUCUACAUUUCUCGAUAUUCUGCGUGAAACUGACCAUAAGAACCUGUGUGAGUUAACAGGAAGGCCAUCAGACUUUGACAACAAAGGCUCAGAUGAUAAACUGCCUUCACUGAUGGAUGAAUCUACAGGAAGUGCAGCAGCAGCAGCUGAAAGCUGUGAUAGCCCACAGUUAAAUGACAUCAGCUUAUCCGAGGAGCCUGAAGCAGACCUAUACGAAGCAGUGAGCACUGAUCCCAGACAACUACCACACAGCUUGGAGCCCCCACAACGAGCGGCCGGAGACCCAGAAAAAGCUGAUAUUGUUCUUCGACAUUAUCAGAAGGAUGUUGCUAGACCUGCCUUGGAGGGGGAAAACAUCAUCAUAUGCCUCCCGACAGGAAGUGGUAAAACCAGAGUUGCAGUUUAUAUUACCAAAAAACAUCUGGACUGCAGGAGGGCAGAGGGGUGUUCAGGGAAAGUGGUUGUCCUGGUGAACAAGGUUCCUCUUGUUGAGCAGCAUUAUUCCGCAGAGUUCUUGCCGUUUUUGAAGCCUUCAUAUAAAGUGGAGAGAGUCAGCGGAGACUGCCAGCUCAAAAUCUCUUUCACAGAGAUCGUGAAGAACAACGACGUCAUCAUUUGCACAGCCCAGAUUCUUGAGAAUUUCUUGGAGAGGUCUAACAACGGGGAGGACGAAGGGGUGAAAUUAAGCGAUCUGACACUGAUUGUAAUAGAUGAGUGUCACCACACUCAGAAGGGAGAAGUCUACAACCACAUAAUGAUGCGCUACCUGAUGCAGAAGCACAAGAAUAGAAGGCUGAAGAAGGAGCAGAAGGAGCCUGUGCCCCUCCCUCAGAUCCUGGGCCUGACUGCCUCACCGGGGGUCGGGGCAGCCACGAUAAUGAAAAAAGCUGAGGACCACAUACUGCGCAUUUGUGCAAACUUGGACGCUUCCAAAAUCAUGACAAGGAGCCUUGGGGAACACAAAAGGGAACCAAGAAAAGUCGUUCAAACUGUUGAAGACAGAAAAGAGGAUCCCUUUGGCGAUGUAAUCAAGAACAUCAUGAAUGCCAUUCAUGCCCACGCAGAGCUGAGCCCCACCUCUGACCUUGGCUCUCAGAAUUAUGAACAGUGGGUUGUUCAAAAAGAGCGAAUAGCUGCAACAGAGGAAAAUCAGAAAGUGCGGGUUUGUGCAGAGCACCUUAGACAGUACAGCGAGGGUUUGAAUCUCAGCAACACCAUACGCAUGCGUGAUGCCUUCAGUUUCCUGAACAAAUACUACGACGAGGAGAUUAAGAAAAAAGCCACACCAGAUGAUGAGCAGGACAUACAAAUCACAGAUACUGAGAGAUUCCUCUUCAAUUUGUUUAAAGAUAAAAAAGAAGAGCUGCAAAAGCUCGCAGAUAAUCCACAGUAUGAAAAUGACAGCCUGACGAAACUAAGAAGUAAAGUUCUGCAUGAGUUCAGCAGCAGGAAGGCGGCCAGGGGGAUCAUUUUCACCAAAACACGGCGCAGUGCCAUUGCUCUAAGUCAGUGGAUACAGGAAAACUCCAAAUUUGCUGACAUUGGAGUCAAAGCCUCAUAUAUGAUCGGAGGAGGAGACCAGAGUGUUGUUAAGCCAAUGACCACGGCCGAGCAAAGGGACGUGUUGACCAAAUUCCGCGACGGUGAUGUCAACUUGCUGAUUGCUACCACCGUGGCAGAGGAAGGUUUGGACAUAGCAGCGUGCAAUUUCGUUAUACGAUACGGCCUCGUGACCAAUGAGAUUGCUAUGAUUCAGGCACAAGGCAGAGGAAGAGCUGAGGACAGUAGUUACACUCUGGUCGAGGUGAAGAACUCUGGGGUGGCUGAGAAGGAAUGUGUUAAUGAGUACCGCAUUAACAUGAUGAACAAAGCCAUUGACAAAAUCAGAGCCUUAGAUCAAGCAGACUACGACAAACGGAUCUUGGAGUUUCAAAUUCAGGCUAUAAUGGAGGAGAAGGUGAGAAUGACAAAGAAGAAGCAGAAAUGCAUGCAGUACGAGAAGGGUGAAGUGAAGUUUAGCUGCCGAAGCUGCAGCAAACCCGUUUGCACCGGCGAGGACAUUCAGAUCAUCGAAAACAUGCACAGAGUUAAUGUUACACCAGAGUUCAGUCAACUUUUUAAUAAGAGAGAAAACACGACUCUUCAAGAGCGACUUCUAGAUUAUGAGACCAAUUACUUCAUAGCAUGCAAAGACUGUGGCCAGAGAUGGGGUUCCAUGAUGCUCUACAAAGGAAUCGAUUGUCCCUGCCUUCACGUGAAAAACUUUGUAGUGACGUUCAACGGAAAGAAGAUCAGCAAGUGCACCAAGUGGAGUGAGCUUGCCAUCAAGUUUCCCGCCUUUGACUACGCUGAACAUGCAAGCCGUUUGGUAGAUGACGAAGACACUAACUGAAUCACAACUAUGUAGACUCACUAAUACUCACAAAAACAUUGACUUCUGUUGAAUUAUUAUGUUUGGCUUACACAGCAUGAGUUACUGCACCUAUGACACUGGUAAAUGCAAUGCUUCCUUUGAGUGCUACAAUGUGCAUGCAAUGAUAACUGGAGUCUGAUGUUAGUGGAUUUAAGAAUGUACAAUAGUUUUCAAUAUUUUAUUGGGAAAAGGCUUAUUUCAAAAAUAUGUAAGAUUGUCAAUAUAUAAUUUUGCAAUGGUGUCACUCUUUAACAGUCAUAAAGUACGUAUUGUGUGCAUCACUGAUACAAAAAGCAAGGGAAAUGAUUUUCCUCUCAAACCCCUGUGGUCUCAUGAGAUUGGAGCCACUGAGCCUGUGAUAGCCCAGCAGAGCCCACCUGUCAACACGCAUUCAAACAAACAGGUGCUGGUGAGUUUCCAUUACAAUAAAUUCAACUGUUAAGCCAGUCACAGCUGCUAUUUUUAGAACUAUUUUUUAAAGAAUUGUUUCUGCAAUUGCAAAUAGAAACCUGUGUGAUCUGAUUGUGUCGGGCAUGCACAAACAUGUUGUAUGGAUCCUUGAGUAAUAAAAGUGUGUCUACUAUCUGGCUUAAGUAAUACUUUUAUUUCUUUUUAAAUUACAUUUAUGUUCUUAAUAAUUAAUCCACAUUCUAAUAAAAACAUUCCCAAGAUAA